ACAUUUGCAACACACAUGCAUUUUUUUACGUGUACAAAUUUGUAAACAAAAAUUCUAAAUUCAAAGAAUUAAAUAAAUUAAUAAUAAAUAAUGGAAAACACUACAAAUAACAAUCAGAAAAAAAUCGGUACUUUAACAGAGGAAUCACUCAAAAGAAAAGAACGUUUAAAGCGGCUAAGAAAUUUAGUAGAACAAAGCGAAAACUCAUCAAGUGAAUCCACUGAAUUACCCAAGCCAAUUUUUCGAAGUUACAAACCACAAGAUGAAAACCUUAGUGACACAAUACUCGAACAAGGGCCAACUGGUGAAAUUGAGAAGGAAGUCGAAUCGCAACUCGAACUACUCAAAACCCCAAAUGUUAUUGAUGAAAUUGACAUAGCAAAUCUUGCGCCAAGAAAACCCGAUUGGGAUCUUAAACGUGAUGUUGCCAAGAAGUUGGAAAAACUCGAAAGACGCACACAAAAGGCCAUCGCCGAGUUGAUUCGGGAAAGACUCAAAAAGAAUCUUGAUCUUUCUCAGGUAGUCAAUGUUGGAGCGGCAAUUGAAGCUAAAGAAUCAGAACAAAUGCUAACUAAUUAAUUUUUCUUAAUUGUGUAUAAAGUUUUUUAAUGUACAAUAAAUUAUAUAAAAUUAAAUUUAAAUAAAAAUAUUUCUAUCCUAUCGUAGGUAUUAUCAGUCUCCCAGUAGAA